AGAAGAAGAAGAAGAUCAACACCAACAAUAGAGCGCUCAGAUUAUAGAGCUUUCUUUUGCAUGGCGCUUGUGAUCCACAAAGACAACAGUAAUAACAUCAAUAAGCAAAUGGAUAGCAGUAAGUACGUGAGAUAUACUCCAGAGCAAGUUGAGGCUUUGGAGAGAGUCUACUCGGAAUGCCCAAAGCCUAGCUCCUUGAGAAGGCAACAGCUCAUUAGGGAGUGCCCUAUUCUCUCCAACAUUGAGCCUAAGCAGAUCAAAGUUUGGUUUCAGAACCGCAGAUGUCGAGAAAAGCAGAGGAAGGAAGCUUCUCGGCUGCAGACAGUGAAUCGAAAGCUGUCUGCAAUGAACAAGCUGUUGAUGGAAGAAAAUGAUCGCUUGCAGAAGCAGGUUUCUCAUUUGGUUUAUGAGAACGGAUAUAUGCGACAACAACUGCAUACUGCGUCCGGGGCGACCACAGACAAUAGUUGUGAGUCUGUGGUCAUGAGUGGUCAAAACCAACAACAGCAAAACCCAACACCUCAGCAUCCCCAAAGGGAUGCCAACAACCCAGCUGGUCUCCUAGCAAUAGCAGAGGAGACCCUGGCAGAGUUCCUAUCCAAGGCUACCGGAACUGCUGUCGACUGGGUCCAGAUGAUUGGGAUGAAGCCUGGUCCGGAUUCUAUUGGUAUCGUUGCUGUUUCCCGCAACUGUAGUGGGGUAGCAGCACGUGCUUGCGGUCUUGUGAGCCUAGAGCCCGCAAAGGUCGCUGAGAUACUUAAAGAUCGUCCAUCGUGGUUUCGCGACUGCCGUUGCGUUGAUGUGUUGAGCGUAAUCCCUACUGGAAAUGGUGGGACGAUUGAGCUCAUAUACAUGCAGACAUAUGCGCCUACAACGUUAGCAGCAGCCCGUGACUUUUGGACACUGAGAUAUACUACUAGUUUGGAAGACAACAGUCUUGUGAUAUGUGAGAGGUCCUUGACGACUUCUACUGGUGGUCCAACUGGUCCUCCAUCUUCAUGUUUCGUAAGAGCGGAAAUGCUUCCGAGUGGAUACCUGAUCCGACCUUGUGAGGGCGGUGGCUCUAUUAUUAAUAUUGUUGAUCAUGUUGAUUUAGAUGCUUGGAGCGUUCCCGAAGUUCUCAGGCCACUUUAUGAGUCAUCCAAAAUCCUUGCUCAGAAAAUGACAGUUGCUGCCUUGCGGCAUAUACGGCAAAUUGCUCAAGAAACUAGUGGAGAAAUUCAGUACGGUGGAGGUCGGCAACCCGCUGUCUUAAGGACAUUUAGUCAGAGACUCUGCAGGGGUUUUAAUGAUGCUGUUAAUGGGUUUGUGGAUGACGGAUGGUCGCUGUUGGGUAGUGAUGGUGCGGAGGAUGUUACCAUUGUCAUAAAUUCUUCUUCAAACAAAUUCCUUGGAUCGCAGUACAAUGCGUCAAUGUUUCCAACUUUUGGAGGGGUGCUGUGUGCCAAGGCCUCUAUGCUGCUUCAGAAUGUUCCCCCUGCUUUGCUUGUUCGUUUCCUGAGGGAGCACCGAUCGGAGUGGGCUGAUUACGGGGUUGAUGCUUACUCUGCUUCAUGUCUUAAGGCUAGUCCUUAUGCAAUUCCGUGUGCAAGGCCUGGGGGCUUUCCCAGUAGCCAGGUCAUUUUACCUCUUGCACAUACGGUGGAGCAUGAGGAGUUUUUGGAAGUAGUUCGGUUGGAGGGCCAUGCUUUCUCACCCGAAGAAGUUGCUUUGGCACGGGAUAUGUACUUACUACAGUUGUGCAGCGGUGUUGAUGAAAGUGCAGUUGGUGCCUGUGCUCAGCUCGUUUUUGCGCCCAUUGAUGAAUCCUUCGCUGAUGAAGCUCCAUUGUUACCAUCUGGUUUCCGUGUCAUACCUUUGGACCCCAAAGCAGAUACACCUGCUGCUACUCGCACACUCGACUUGGCCUCGACUCUUGAAGUAGGAUCUGGUGGUGCUCGUCCUUCUAGUGAAGCUGAUACAAAUAGUUAUAAUCUUAGAUCAGUCCUGACUAUCGCCUUCCAAUUCACUUUCGAGAACCAUACACGAGACAAUGUGGCUGCUAUGGCCCGCCAAUAUGUGCGUAGUGUUGUUGGGUCUGUUCAGAGGGUUGCUAUGGCUAUUGCUCCAUCCAGGCUCGGCUCCCAGUUGGGGCCAAAACCCCUUCCUCAAUCUCCAGAGGCUCUUACUCUGGCUCAGUGGAUAUGUCGAAGCUACAGGAUACACACAGGAGGAGAGAUUUUUCAAGUUGAAUCCCAGUCUGGUGAUGCUGUUUUAAAGCGACUUUGGCACCAUUCAGAUGCAAUUAUGUGCUGCACGGUUAAAACAAAUGCAUCUCCUGUUUUCACCUUCUCGAACCAGGCUGGUCUUGACAUGCUUGAAACAACUCUCGUGGCUCUUCAAGAUAUCAUGCUCGACAAGAUUUUCGACGAAGCUGGUCGAAAGACUCUCUGCUCUGAGUUCUCCAAAAUCAUGCAGCAGGGUUUUGCCUAUCUGCCAGCGGGAAUAUGCGUGUCGAGCAUGGGGAGGCCGGUGUCGUACGAGCAGGCCGUUGCAUGGAAAGUUCUUAACGACGAUGAUUCCAAUCAUUGCCUGGCUUUCAUGUUCAUGAACUGGUCUUUUGUGUGAUGGUGAAAAAGAAAGUACUUGAAAAAAAAAAAAACACCUUGUUCUUAUUAUCUAUUUAAGUUAUUUAUAGUUGCUUCUAUAAGUAUGUAGACAAUUAUGACAGUGACUAGUACUCCAUGGCAGGAUUUUCAUGAAAACUUCCAUGCCUGUAUGUAACCUUUAUGUUUUGGCUAAAUGGUAUGAACAUAUUAUGGUAAGAGUUUUAUGUUGUCU